AUGGACGAUCAUCGGGACGAGGCUGAUACGGCGGAAAUCGGGAUGGCACACACCGUGAUGUCAUCAGUUGAACCUGUGGCCGCUUCUCGCGUGCGCUACACAAAGAUUCGAGACUCUGUGGCUGGUGGUCUUGCCACAUUUUCUUCGGAGCGAUACUUCCACAGCUUCAUCGAGCGCGAUGAGGCCAACGAAUUACUCACCACGCCCGGCUACUUCUUGGUUCGGCAAAUCUUCGCACACGAGAACACAUCGAAAUCGCCACUGGAUCGAAAGUACCAAAUCAUGUUUGUCAAUCAGGACGGAAUGAUCGAAGAGGUGCCCAUUCGCUACUCGCGCACACAUCGCUGCUACUACGUGAACGAAUUUUGCUUCAACAACCCGGGAGGCCUCAUUGCCUAUCAUCGCGACUAUCGUGUCUCCGUUAAGCAAUUCGAGAACAAAUUGAUCAAGCAUGGGAUCAACAAAGAGCGCUGGGAGAUCUUCCACGAGCAGAUUCAACGCAUCAAACGACUUGGAUCUGGAAAUUUCGGUCAAGUCUUCAAGGCCUACUACCGAGUCGGACUUCUCAAGCGCAUCGAGGUUGCAGUCAAAAUUCUCACCAACGUGAGAGCCGAAGAAAGUGAGGUGUUCAUUAAGGAAGCACAGACGAUGCGCCGCUUCCAAUCUUGUCGGCAUGAAAAUGUGGUGCACUUCCUCGCCGUCGCCUGCUACCAAAGUCCAAUCAUGCUCGUCAUGGAGUUCUGUCCAUAUGGAAGCUUGAAAGAUCAUUUGGGCGAGGGGUACGAAGGAAAAUCAACCGGACAGAAGCUCGCGACUGAAGGGGAAACGGUGCAUUGGAUCGCUGGUGCUGCACGGGGUCUUGACUAUCUUCAUACAAAAGCAGGGAUUGUGCAUCGCGAUGUGGCUGCACGGAACGUGGUCAUCGGAAGCAAUUAUGAGGCGAAGAUCACUGAUUUUGGAAUGUCCGUCAAGGGAACGAUCAAGGUGGAAAAGCUGCAGAACGUGCCAAUUCGCUACUUGCCACGAGAGACACUCCAGGGAAAACAAUUCGAUCAGCGCACUGACGUUUGGGCAUUCGGCGUUCUCAUCUGGGAGUGCUACAACGAAUGUCGAGAUCCAUACGACGAUUUUAUCACCGAUAUCAAAAGGUUGGUCUUCGCGUUCCGAAGAGGUUAUCGUCUUGCGCCCGGUCCCAAGUUUCCGGUCGAAAUGUGGAAAUUGUGCAGCCUCUGUUGGGAAGACCGCCCCGAAUCGAGACCGACGAUGGAACAAGUUGCCGCCAUUGCCACAUUGCAGUAUCAAAAGCAGAGCUCAUGGACUUCGUGGAUGUACUCGUGGUGGCACAAGAAACAGCCCACUUAUCGCAUGACGCCUCAGUCAAAUUGGCUUUCGGUGUUCCCCACUCAGCCAAAGAUUCCCGAAUUUGAGCACGAUCAACAGAAGAUGAUCAAACUUUACGAGCAAGCGCCCAAGAAAAAGGACCUGGGGAAAACGAAAGAGGAAAAGAAU